UAUUGCAGAGCACGUUACUUUCCAUUUGGCUUUCUGCUGCUUGGAGAAGGAACCAGGACAAUGAGAAUUUUCCCUGGCUGGGGCUGGAUUGUUUUCCCAGGAUGUUGGGCCUUGAUUGGCCCUCAAGAGGUAAGAGGUCCCCUGGAUGGAGUGCUCACUGUACAGUGUUGGUAUGGCAGAGGCUACGAGAAUUAUAUUAAAUACUGGUGCAGAGGAACAACUUGGACAUCCUGCCUUGUCGUUGUUACAACAGGGUCAGAGGCAAUGGUGAAGCACGACAGAGUCUCCAUCAAAGACAUUCACACUUUCUGCACAUUCAUAGUGACCAUGAAAAACCUCACAGAGAGAGACUCCGGGACUUACUGGUGUGGGAUAGACAGACUGGGAUGGGAUCUCAUGUUCCCUGUGAAAGUGAAUGUUCUUCCAGCUGUUCCUGCCUCGCCACCACCAGCACCAACGAGAGAGACAACAGUUCAUGCUGCCUCCAGGGGCAGUCCAUCUGAAAGGAAACUCAUUGAAGUGGCUGAAUCCACCUCCACCUCCACCGUUCACAGCAGGGACCCUCGUGCAGGUACAACAGACCCAGUCCUCCAUAUCCUGACACCAUGCAUCCUGCUGGCUCUACUUCUGAUUCUGUUCAUGGUUGUACUGUUUAGAAGGAUGUCGCAGAGGAGAAACAAAGCCCUUGAGGGAGCAACUGGACAAAGGGAAAAGAACUUCCAUCCCUAUCGGCUGGUACCUGGAAACACCCCGUCGUCCUUCCUUACCAGUGAUCCUGCAGCCUCUUGUAAGGCAGCCAUCUGCAUGCCCAUAGAGGAGACACCCGACUCAGCAGCUGAUGAGGAUCUCUAUGAAAAUGCCAUCCAUGAGACGCAGGCUUCAAGAUCGACAAAAGAGGUUGUUCCUGGCACAGUGAAAUGUACAGCCUCACAUCAGCAGGCCAUUUAUGCCAAUCUGAAUCCAAACACACGCAGUAGGACAUCCCCCUCUCGUCAUCAAGGAAAGCCUGGGAAAAAAAAUACUGGAUGAAGCUCAAUGCUCUUGGAACAUUCCCCCUCCUACCGUUGGAAUUUUUAGCAGCUUGUUCUCAUUUCCCUGCAGUUACAUAGAAGCUUUCAGGUUCCUGUUCCUCCAUUAUUCUUCUUGUGCCAGGUCCCCCUGUACUGAGAUGUAGUGUUGCUGCUGAUUGCGUCCCAUUGCCAGCGAGACUGUUUCACAGAUUUACUUACCACUCAGUGCUUCUCGUUCUUCACAUCAUGUGGAAACAGAACAUAUUCCUGGUGGCUUUACCUUCUGGAUGACUGGGAGCAUUUCUAGAAGGACUUUGUAUGGGUCUGCAGGUUUGGCCCACUCCCCUCUGUCUGCCAGAAUUUCCUGCUUUAAAGUUAGACAAUUGCUAAUAAAAAGCUCUGUCAUAAGGUAUAAUUCCCAAAUCUGAACCUUAGCGU